AGGAGACACAAAGAAGACAUCAACGAUGAGAAAAGAUCUGAUUUUAAUGAGAGCUGGUGGGCUGGAGCCUUUUUUUCCCCCCUUGCAUGACUGUGUUCUUUUUGGCUCUGACACCACGAGCGGAUACAGGCCUAUAGAACAGCAGCUGGUUUGGCAAGUUGCCCUGGUGAGGAAUGUGUGCUGCCUGUUUAGUAAAUGGAGCAAGCAAGCAAAGCAGCACAGGAGAGGCCAGAGAGGGCUGCAUCAUUUGAAAGAUAAUAAAAAAAAGUGGCAAAGCAUCCUGCUGCUGAAUAACAAGAGAAACCUGAGCUGCCUUUAUAAUACACUAACAAACUAGGACGGUGAGGAGGGAGGGGGGGUUGGUCACUGAUUUACAUGGCGUCUAAAAGUAACUGAAAACAUGAAAAUGUAUGCAAACCAAAAAAAAGCCAAGAGACUACGUUUCAACAACAUGUAAACAUAUUUAAAUACUUAAAAAAAAAAGUAGUAAUACUUAUAGCUGGAAGCCACCAGGCAAACUCUGGUUAAUGAUUAGCGAGCAUGUGGCUUUUGUGAGCCAAGAGCAUUCAUUAAAAAAAAGUGGCGCAAAAAAAAAAAAAAGCUUGGUGGUCAACGUCAACGUCCGUUAGCCGUUCGGUUUUUUUUUUCUUUUCGAAUGUGCGCCAUGAAGUCGCGAGCGAAGAACCGUUAAAGUUUAAAAAAAAAAAAAAGUUUCGACAUUCGAAUUCCAAACCGCUGCGUCGUUGAGAUUUAAAAAAAGUUAACAGACACUUUUCUUUUUUUAAAGCGACUUUCGUGGACGUUAGCUCGGAUUAAAACAACAAAAAACAACAAACACAAGCCAACGGUUCGUAUCGAGACAAAUCAAAACAGCCUCCCCGCAGUAUAGGCGCGUCACGGCGGGGGCAGAGAGAGAGAGAGAGAGGGCCGCGGGCGGGCCGGGACAGCGGGCAUGCAAGACUCAUCAUUCCUCCACACUACAGCGGCUUGGUACAGUGCAGCUGCAACCAACUGAAUACCACUCACCUCAAACCUCCCAUUCCAAGCAUGAAGGGUGAACAUGCCGUACUGUAAGAGAGUCUCGUUCUAAGGUCAAAUUCGUGAACUUGCUGCACCCUGGACGAGGAGGGGAGGUGGAGAAAUCCUGAUGACAGCAACGGUGACAAAGCGUCGUCAGCAGGAGGGGAAAAAAACAAAUAAAUCUGCAUCGCAACAGCCGUUUCCUGAAGUCAACAGUUGGUUUCUUGAACUCACAGAAAGUUUCACAGGACUCUGUGUUUACAUCCUGAAAGAAGAAAAAACCCAAGCCAGCCUUAAUGCAAUAUCCUGAGCGGCUCCUGCACAUGAGAGGGGGGCCUGGCUCCUGCAGAAACCUGAUCCGGCACUGGGCCCUUUAAAGGAAUAUGGGAUGAGUCUGUUGAAUGGAGCUCAGAGUGAAAAGUCUGCAGCUCCGACGGGAGAAACGCACACAAGCCACGGACGGACCGGAGCGACGGGAAGACAUGAAACGUUAACGCAGCGAGAAAUGAAUGAGGAAUGAGAGCGCACGGAAAGUCGACGGGCUGGAGGAGAAGUUAUGAGCUGAAUUAACGACGAAUUAACCCGGAGGAAGGUGUCCGAGAGCGGGGAAAGCCGACUGAGAGGAGAGGAGAGGCGGAGAGAGACAACAGAGUCACAAGUUCAGUCUGAGUCCAGAGGCAAGAACUCUGAAUCCUCGCCAUGGCCGACGUGCUGGAGAGCAGUGGCGGCGGUGGUGGUGGAUCGGGAGCCGUCAGAGUGGCCAGCGUGGAUUGGCAAAAGCGCUGCAUCGCUCUGGAGAUGCAGCUGCUGAGGUUCCGGCUCCAGGCGGGGAAAAUCCGAGAGCUGCUGGCAGAGAAGAUGCAGGAGUUGGAGCAGAGGGUGAUGGAGGCUGACCAGCGGGCUGAGAGUGCAGAGAAACAGAUCCAUGUCAUGGAAGAAAAGCUGAAGUCCGCAAACAUCCAACCCAGCGAAUCGGACAGCUCGUUGUACAGAAAGUAUCAAGACCUGACCAGUCAGGUUCAAGAAAAAGACGCCGUGAUAAAGAGAUUAGAGACGCAGCUGGAAAAACAGAUCUUAGUCAGAGCCCAGGAGGCAAAAGUUAUUGAGGAGAAGGCUGCCAAGAUUAAAGACUGGGUCACCUUUAAGCUCAGAGAGAUGGAGCAAGAGAACCAGCAGCUGAAAAUGGCCAACCUGAAGCAGACGGAGCAGAUAAUGUUGCUGCAGGACAAACUACAAGCUCUCUUAGAGAAACCUGCAUCCUCUGGAUCGCCUGCCACCUCCCCUGUAAUGGAUACCCACCUGGUGCCCAGCAGUCCGCUGUUUCCUCCCAGCUGCCCUGGCACGCCACCUGCCCAAGAUGACAGCUGGAGACAGACGGGUCCCCGCGGAGCCGCCUCUAAUAUCAAGAGCCUGCCAACAGAUGUGAAAAGGACUCCUGAACAGUCCUGUAAAGGGUUUUGUCUCGGAGACCUUGCAACCCACGACGCUCUUUCUCAGGGUUGGAUCAGGGAGGGUCCCAGCAGCCCUGUUUCCAUCACUGGACAAGAGCUCCCGGUGGGCUCAGACGGUCUGGCAGGCUGCUCUGACAGAGAUAACUCCUCCGAUGAGCUCAACAGCAAGUUCCGCUCUCAGUGCCUUCACUCGUCCUCUUCCUCUUCGUCUUCAUCCUCAGCCUACGAGAUGGCCCACGGGCCGAGCUCUCCAGAGUCGACCAUCAGACUAACACCCAAAAGCCCCCUUCUGUCCCGCUCCCCCUCCACCAACAACCCGUUCCCUAAUCCUCCGGUUCACCAGUCGGGCACCAGCAUGACGUUACCCAAAGUACGGACUCCGCUCACCCCGAGAGACAGCAUCCAGCUGGUCAAGAAGCAUUACAGCCAGCCGCAGCCCAGCCUGGACAGACUUCACCACCUCAACGUCAACAUAGACAUCAUGACCCCGUCCUCCACUUCCUCCACCCUCAAGAGCACAGGCACCGCCACCAUGCCCUUCUCGCAGGUCGUGGAAGAAACGGACAUCGACGACGGGCUUUCUGACAGCAUGGACGGGGUGGUGGAGGGGUCCGAAUCAGAGGAGCUCUCCCGGGAUGGAGUCUCCUUUGUGGGGCUCGCUGAAGAACUAGAGCGGCUGGAUCCGGAGGUUCUGAAGCCCCCGACGCCUCCUUUACACCGCUUCCCCUCAUGGGAGAGUCGCAUCUACGCCGUGGCCAAGUCAGGAAUGAGAGUGUCAGAGGCCAGUCCUGGAGCCCGAGGCCCCGGACGAGGGUCCAACUUACCCCAAUAUCCAGCGGCAGGUCCGUUCACCCAGUUGAUCUAUAAGAAUAUCAACGUACCAGUCUACACCACACUGAAAGGGAAAGCCACUCAGAUCAGCAGCGUACCUCUACCUGAUGACGACUCUGGGUCUGAAGACGACAGCAGCUCUCUGGCCAGUUUACGGACCUCCAUCCUGAGCCCGGACAGGAAGGGCAGCGUGCCGGGGAGCCCGCGUGCUGUCAAGAGAGGUGUGUCCAUGUCCUCCAUCAGCUCUGAGAGUGACUAUGCCAUUCCUCCUGACGCCUACUCCCUGGACAGCGACUACUCCGAACCAGAACAUAAAGUCCAGCGUACCUCGUCUUAUUCCUGUGAGAGCACCGGGCCUGAGAUGCUGGAGAAGUCUGGCUAUCUGCUGAAGAUGGGCAGUCAGGUGAAAGCUUGGAAACGUCGCUGGUUCAUCCUGAGGAACGGAGAGAUCCUCUACUACAAAUCUCCCAGUGACGUGAUCAGGAAGCCUCAGGGUCAGAUUGAGCUCAACUCAUCCUGCCGUAUAGUUCGCGGAGAAGGAGCACAAACUUUUCAAUUGAUUACAGAGAAGAAGACCUUCUAUCUGACCGCCGAUUCACCCAACAUCCUCGAGGAGUGGAUCAGGGUUCUGCAGAACAUACUCAAAGUCCAAGCGAGCAGCCCCGUCACCGUGGAAACCACCGCCAAGCCGACCGUGAGAGGCUGGCUUACAAAGGUCAAGCAUGGACACUCGAAGCUGGUGUGGUGUUCCCUGGUUGGAAAAAUCUUCUACUACUAUCGUAAUCAGGAAGACAAGUUGCCUCUUGGGCAGCUCCAGAUGCGCGAGGCCUCCGUGCAGGAAGUGGAUCGUUCCUGCGAUUCAGACGAAGACUACGAGACGGGCAGUCGAGGUUUCCUCUCCUCACACUGCACCUUAGUGGUCCAACCGAGAGACCAGAGUCCUACGUACCUUCUCAUCGGGACCAAGCAGGAGAAGGACACGUGGUUGUAUCACCUGACUGUGGCAGCGGGCAGCAGCGCAACGUUCAAAGUGGGCACAGAGUACGAGCAGCUCAUCGGCAAACUGCUCGAUGCAGAAGGAGACCCAGAAUCUGUCUUGUGGAGGAGCGAGGCCUUGAGCUUCUGUAAGGAAGGUCUGCGCUCGCCUCUCACCACUCUGCCCUCUGAAGCUCUGCAGACAGAAGCUCUCAAGCUUUUCAAGUCCUGUCAGCUCUUCAUCAACGUGCUGGUCGAGUCUCCGUCUGUCGAUUACCACACCUCGCUGGCCCAGAAUGCUUUGCAAGUGUGCCUGACCCACCCGGAGCUGCAGAACGAAAUGUACUGUCAGCUCAUCAGGCAGACCAACCGCCGCACGCCGCACAACUACUCCCUCACACAGUGCUGGCAGCUGUUGUCUCUGUGUGUGGCUCUCUUCCUUCCUCAACAACAUUUCCUUUGGUACCUCAGACAGUACCUGCAACGCAACGCUGACCCAAGGAGUGAGGUGGGGAAGUACGCGGUGUACUGUCAGAGGUCUGUGGAGCGAACGCUGCAGAACGGAGAGCGGGAGGCCAAACCUUCACGUAUGGAGAUCGUCUCCAUCCUGCUGAGAAACCCGUACCAUCAUUCACUGCCAUUCAGCAUCCCGGUCCACUUCAUGAACAACACGUACCAGGUGGUGGGUUUCGACGGCUCCACCACAGUGGAAGAGUUCCUCAACACGCUGAACCAGAGGAUCGGCGUGAGGAAGCCUCAGCUGUCUGGCUUUGCCCUCUUUACUGACGAUCCAUCUGGCAAAGACCUGGAGCACUGCCUGCAGCCGUCUGCCAAGAUCUGUGACGUGAUUUCCAAGUGGGAGCAGGCCCUGAAAGAGCUGCAUCCUGGGAAGAACGAGGGAACACGGAUCGUCCGCCUAACUUAUAAGAGCAGGUUGUGUUUCAGAGCUCAGGUGAAAGGUGAGACGGAGCGAGAGCGCCUCCUGCUGGCGUACCAGGUGAACGACGAGGUUCAACAAGGUCACUUCCCCGUGAACAAAGAGCUGGCUCUAGAGGUGGCUGCCCUCAUGGCACAGGUUGAGCACGGUGAUGUGGAGAGAUCAGCUGCUGCCUCGUCUCCUGUCGGCUCUCCUCAGCCUAAAUCUCAGCUGAUUCUCCUGCAGGCUUUAGAGCGCUUCUACCCCAAACGCUACAAACAGGACUGCAGCUCAGAGCAGCUCAGAGAUCUUACUGAGCGUCUGGCCACUAAGUGGUCUAUGCUACGUGGGUGCAGUGCAUCCGAGUGUGUGAGAAUAUACCUGACUGUGGCUCGGAAAUGGCCGCUGUUUGGAGCCAAACUCUUCAGUGCCAAGCCUGUCCCGCCUUCUCCUGUCGAGCAGAGCCAGGUGUGGCUGGCAGUCAAUGAAGAUGGAUUGUGUGUGCUGGACUAUACAAUGCACACGCUGGUCACAUAUUCCUACCAGUCUGUGAUUACCUUCGGCGGUUGCCGUGAUGACUUCAUGGUGGUCACGAGCCAGCAGAGGGAGCCUGGAGUUGGGAAGAAGAGCGUGGAGAAGCUGGUCUUUGCAAUGGCUAAACCAAAGAUACUGGAGCUGACUCUGCUCAUGGCCAGCUACAUGAACCACUGGAACCCCGGCCUCCUCCCGUCUGCCUCAAACCAGCCCCUCGGCCACUGGGACGUAGACAGCCGCCACUUCCCCGCGAUGAACUACACCACCAAGGGCCCCACGCUACUGUGAAUUGUGCAAGAACAACAAAGACUGUUUGACUACGGGGGGAGGAGGACGGGAGUGACGACAACAGUUACCUUUAGUCUGCAUUCAUGUGGAGUGCAUCGGGUUGCGUGUCCGGGUUUUAUAUUUUACAUUACAGGUACUAGGAGAUUAUUUUUUCAAGCGUUUUUUUUAUUAAGAUUUAGAUUUAGAAACGUCAGGAUGAGUCUUCGUAGACUAUUUAUUUCUACAACUAGAGUGUUUCAGCUCUGCUUUAUUUAGACGUACACUCAUGUUUUCUGAUUCCUCGAUUAAAAUCUGACGCCACUCGUCAUAUUUCCACUUACUCUGACCAUCGUGUCUUCAAGACUCUUUUCUUUCAUAAACACAAAGCUGUCGCCAUCAGAGAGCUGGGCAGACUGGAAUACAGUGUGUGUGUGUGUGUGCGUCUGUGUGUGUCACUGUGUAUUUACCAUGAGCGAUCACUCGUACUUGACAAUGAAAUAUAGUUUGAAUUCAUUUAUGAGGUACUGUGCAAUUAGAAAAGGGACUGAUGUGGCAUGUGAGACUUCAGUUUCAUAGUGUUUAGUGUCUUAAUUUGAUAUAAUCGAUAUAAUAUUACUAAUUUAGAGCUGCGAUAAACGGUUAUUCUCAUCAUAGAUUCAUCUGAAGCUCAGUUUAUUGUCCAGAAAAUGUCUAUCCCAGACGUUGAUGUCCAAAAUCAGAGCAAAUGUUCACAUUUGAGUUGCUUUAAAAUGACCUAAAUGAUGAACUGAUUAUGAAAAUUAGCUGUAUUCUUUAUAUGAUUUGGCUUUUCUAUAUAAAAAAUGAGGUAUGGCUGCUUUACCCAGAUAAAUUAAAGUCAUAUUAAGAAACUUAAAAAAAAAAAUUCAACUAGAUGUUAAUAUUAAACUUGUUUAUCUAACAUAAAGCAGCAAAUCUGCGACUAAUGUAACGUUACUGAGGUACACAAUAAUAGGGAUGGGAUAUAUAACAGUGAUAUACUGUAUCUAUGAUGCAUCUGUGAAGUUUUGGUCUUUCAUCAUAUUUCUUAUACUACAUGUUCGACAAACAAAUUCAAGAGCUACAAAAAUAUUUGAAUGACUUGAACUGUUUUUGGAUCAAACCACUGUCUUUUUUUUUUUUUUUUUUUUUUUUUUGCUUAAAAAGGUUUAACGUUUUCCACGACUGUCACGUUUAUCCUGGAAGACUUAGUGUCCUUUUCCUAGCAGAGUAAUUUAAGAGCAGAGUAUGUUUGUUUGGUUUCCGUAUCUGUGCUAGAGCGUGUUACAAAUGUUCAAAGAUGACUGUGUCUUUAUGUUGCCUCAUGUUGUCAGUGUGUGAGAUAAUAAAGGAAACGGUACAACAA